GGAGGCGGUCAGGUCUGUAGCGCAGUGCGGACGCAGGGGGCGAUGUCUCGGCACGCGGGCCCCCUGUGCUCUGUGCUCGGGGCGCUGGCGCUGGCGCUGGCGCUGCCGCGGGCUGGGGCCGUCGAGGAGCAGCCUGGCGGUGCGCACGGUGCCAGCCAGGGCUUCCAGAUCGUCACCUUCAAGUGGCACCAUGUUCAGGACCCGUACAUCAUCGCGCUCUGGAUCCUCGUGGCCAGCUUGGCCAAAAUUGUGUUCCACCUGUCCCACAAGGUCACCAGCGUCGUGCCUGAGAGUGCGCUGCUCAUCGUGCUGGGCCUGGUGCUGGGGGGCAUCGUCUGGGCAGCCGACCACAUUGCCUCCUUCACAAUGACGCCCACGGUCUUCUUCUUCUACCUGCUGCCCCCCAUUGUGCUGGACGCUGGCUACUUCAUGCCCAACCGACUCUUCUUCGGGAACUUGGGCACCAUCUUGCUGUAUGCGGUUAUUGGCACCGUGUGGAACGCGGCCACCACAGGCCUGUCACUUUACGGCGUCUUCCGCAGUGGCCUGAUGGGUGACUUGCAGAUUGGGCUCCUGGACUUCCUGCUGUUUGGCAGCCUCAUCGCUGCUGUGGAUCCGGUGGCUGUCCUGGCUGUGUUUGAGGAAGUCCAUGUCAAUGAGGUCCUGUUUAUCAUCGUCUUUGGGGAGUCACUGCUGAAUGAUGCCGUGACUGUGGUCCUGUACAAUGUGUUUGAGUCUUUUGUGACACUGGGUGGUGACAAAGUGACGGGUGUGGACUGCGUGAAGGGCAUAGUGUCCUUCUUCGUGGUGAGCCUGGGGGGCACGCUAGUGGGAGUGGUCUUCGCCUUCCUGCUGUCCUUGGUGACCCGCUUCACCAAGCACGUGCGUAUCAUUGAACCCGGCUUCGUCUUCGUCAUCUCCUACUUGUCCUACCUCACAUCUGAGAUGCUGUCCCUGUCUGCAAUCCUGGCAAUCACCUUCUGUGGCAUCUGCUGCCAGAAGUAUGUGAAGGCCAACAUCUCAGAGCAGUCAGCCACCACGGUGCGCUACACCAUGAAAAUGCUGGCCAGCGCAGCAGAGACCAUCAUUUUCAUGUUCCUGGGCAUCUCUGCCGUGGACCCUCUCAUCUGGACCUGGAACACGGCCUUCGUGCUGCUCACGCUGCUUUUCAUCUCCGUGUACCGGGCCAUUGGAGUCGUCCUGCAGACCUGGAUCCUGAACCGGUACCGCAUGGUGCAGCUGGAGACCAUCGACCAGGUGGUGAUGUCCUAUGGUGGCCUGCGAGGGGCUGUGGCCUAUGCCCUGGUUGUGCUUCUGGAUGAGAAGAAGGUCAAAGAGAAGAAACUGUUUGUCAGCACUACGUUGAUUGUCGUCUUCUUCACAGUCAUCUUUCAGGGCCUGACCAUCAAGCCCCUGGUGCAGUGGCUGAAGGUGAAGCGGAGCGAGCAGAGGGAGCCCAAGCUCAAUGAGAAGCUGCAUGGCCGGGCUUUUGACCACAUCCUCUCAGCCAUAGAGGACAUCUCGGGACAGAUCGGGCACAAUUAUCUCAGAGAUAAGUGGUCCAAUUUUGACAGGAAGAUCCUCAGCAAAGUCCUCAUGAGAAGGUCAGCCCAAAAAUCUCGAGAUCGGAUUCUGAAUGUUUUCCAUGAGCUGAACCUGAAGGAUGCCAUUAGCUAUGUGGCUGAGGGAGAACGGCGUGGGUCCCUGGCCUUCAUUCGCUCCCCAAGCACUGACAACAUGGUCAACGUGGACUUCAGCAUGCCUCACCCAUCUACUGUGGAGGCUUCAGUCUCCUACCUCCUGAGGGAGAAUGUGAGUGCUGUACGCCUGGACAUGCAGUCUCUGGAGCAGCGACGAAAGAGCAUCCGUGACACAGAGGACAUGGUCACCCACCACACGCUGCAGCAGUACCUGUACAAGCCAAGGCAGGAGUAUAAGCACCUCUACAGCCGACACAAGCUGACACCUAGCGAGGCUGAAAAGCAGGACAAGGAAAUCUUCCACAGGACCAUGCGCAAGCGCCUGGAGUCCUUCAAGUCAGCCAAGCUGGGCAUCAACCAGAACAAGAAGGCAGCCAAGCUGUACAAGAGGGACCGUGCACAGAAGCGGAGGAACAGCAGCAUCCCCAAUGGGAAGCUGCCCAUGGAGAGCCCGGCCCAUAACUUCACCAUCAAGGAGAAAGAUUUGGAAUUUUCGGACCCUGAGGAGGCCCCAGAUUAUGAAGCUGAGGAGACCAGUGGGGGCAUUGAGUUUCUGGCCAACAUCACAAAGGACACAGCCUCAGACUCUCCAGCAGGAAUUGACAACCCUGUGUUCUCCCCGGAUGAGGACCUGGACCCCAGCAUCCUUGCCAGGGUGCCACCCUGGCUGUCCCCUGGGGAGACUGUGGUGCCCUCUCAGAGGGCCCGUGUUCAGAUCCCCCAGUCUCCCGGCAACUUCCGCCGCCUGGCACCCUUCCGCCUCAGCAACAAGUCAGUGGACUCCUUCCUGCUGGCCGACACCCCUGAGGAGAGACCCCAUGCCCUUCCUGAAUCCACACACAUGUAACUGACACCCCGCUAAUGCCUGUUCUCUCUGAUGCUUCCUCCAGGGCACUCCUGGACCUGCACUCUCCAGCUCUCUCCAGCAGCUCCUCCUCUUAGAUCCCCAGCUUCCAUUGGUUGCAGAUUUCUUAAGGGAUGCUGAGGAACCAGUCUGUCUCUGCUUCUCCUGUUAGGACAUAGGGAUCCAGAGGACUUGAGGGCAUUGGCAGGUUGUCCUAGUGAGAAUUCAUUUUCAGAUUAUCAGCUGAUCACGGGGGAGUCUGUGUGGUCGGCAUGAAUCUCACUCCAGCCCAGAAGCACGAAGCAGGAAGGGCAAUGUGCAGGAAAGGGCCCUGCAGGUUAUCCAGGCGCAGGAGCACGCCCAGGACAGAGGCAGUGUUUCUAUCUCUUAUACACAGGGUGCAGGGAAGGUGUAGGAGUGGCUGCCCAGCACCCUUGCUGGAGCUCCUGCAGGGCUGGACCCAGGAGGAGGUGAGGAGGCCGCAGAGCCCUCUGGCGGCAGGCUCUUGGUCAUUCCAGGUUUUCCUUUCGGUGCUCUGUGCAGAUGGAAAUUAGUGUUGUGGGUGGAUGGGCCUGGCCCACGUCAGUUUUCAGGCCCACUUCAAAGAGGGAGGGAGUUCUGCUUUGUGGACGCUGGCAGAGGCCGUGGCCUAGCCUAUCACUGUGGCACCCCGUGAACCGGGCCACUGAGACUUCGGGACGGUGCAGCCGAGUGCCCACUGCUGUCCUUCCACCUGUCCCUGUUCUUCUUCUGGAUCCCCCUCCCCAGUGUCCUUCUCUGUCCUUGGAGUGGUUAAUGCGUGCGAAGAGGGGCGGGCGCCAUCGAGGGCUGGCUUGGAGCGCGUCGCAGGGCACAGCAGGGACCUUCCUCGCCCUGGACACCACGGCCUCACGCCUUGUACCCCACAGGUGACACCGGUUCCGACACGCCACUGACCGGACGAUCGUCCCCGCGCCGAGGUCCGCCCACAGUCCCGCAGCCCGCGCCCUUGCCACCCACGAGCCCCGCGCUUUCCGCUCGCAUUCCAGGACCCGGGGCGCAUGCGCGGUCGGCGGCAGCGCGGCGCGUGCACAGCCGGCGCUCGUUCCAGCGGCCGCGCGCGCGCCGCCGCCCCGAACUGCGCAAGCUGGCCUCGCUGCAGCCACCGGGCACGGUCGAGCUGCCGCCGCUGGCGCUGGAGCAGGAGGAGACGCCGCUGUGACCCGGAUGCCGUGCCCUACGGAACCGCACCGACUCGGGAGGCCGGGCUACCAGGUCGCCAGCUUAUGCGGAGCCAACAGUCCUUGUGCACCUUUGGGUUGCGAGGUGGCCAGCGAGGCGGGAAUAUGGGCACCGAGACACCGAUGCCGGUUCUGUGAUGCUUGUCGCCCUCUGGCUGGUGGCAACUGUUGUGUUGGUAUCUCAGCUCCGGCGGCCCAUCUUUAUCCUGGUCGAGAGCAGCUGACCUCGUGCCCGGGCCUCGGGGCUGCCCUGUCCCCACAGACAAGGUCUCUGUCCCUCCUGGCGCUGAGGUAGUGGCCGAGGACCAGGUUGGGGCAGGGCUGGAGGGUUCCCCAGGUAGCCUGUCAGAGCCACUGUGGGAUGCCCUGGGCUCCCAUGAUCCUCGCUGGUAAGGCCCAGGGCAGGGAGGAACGUGGAGCUUGAGCCUCCAAGGAGAGCCCUGGCCUAGAGCUGUGAAAGGUGGGCCACCUCCAACUCCAACCCUCAGAGCACAAGGCAGAGUUCUGCUGCACCCAGAUCCUUGAGGAAAACCCAGAGGGGCUGAGAAGGGGCAAAGGCACUCCUAGGGGCUAUUUGGAAACAAACCACUCCCAGCUCUCUGCUCAGGAAAACUAAACUCCAUGUGUCAGGGUCCAGGCUGACAGCUCACAUUCUCAGGGUUCAGAAGGGGUUGGCAGCACUUGGUGUUAAUGCCACAUGGUGAGUCCCGGACAGGAAAAGCAUACUAUUUCCCUUUCACAAUGGCAUUAUUGAAAGGAACCAGUUAGUUUGUUCAACACAAAGCCUCUUGGCUUCUGCCUCAGAACUGUCUGCUGUCACUGAAUCACAGCUCAGUCCUCUUGAGGGGAGUGCAGGACUUCUGGUUUCCAGGAGCUGCUCUCCUCACGGAUGAGACCAGCCAGCAGCAUAGACAGCCGGUGCAACUUGGGAAGCCUUACCUGGGGUGCUCUGAGAGCAGGGCAGCCCACCAGUCCUGCAGCCAAGUGGCUAGCCUGCUCACAGCAGGAGCUGCCUUAACCUACCUAAGCCACGAGAUGCAGGGUCCGAUUCCCACUGCAGGGUCAGAAGGGCUAGGUGACAAAUCUGGGACAGAUGUCCCCUUGACACUUCAUGCUGGUGUCUCUAAGGGGGGACAGCCUUAUCUGGGCAGGUGUCAACUGCAUGGCUAGACACAGCUGCAGUGGAACCAGAGCUCAGACAAGGAAGCAAUUGGUCCUGGGAAGCCACCUCAUGCCCUUUGAGGGCACUGUGGCCAUGUUUCAGACAGAAGAACCCUGCUAUUGCUGUCACUUGUAAAACAAAAAUGUAAACAGUCCAUGAAUGUAUUUCCUUAUGGAAGCUGUAGUAAAAAUUUUUAUUAGAAUAUCUAUUUAUUUAAUACUGAACUUUGGCCUACUUUGUGGUACUGUAAUGUACACAAAUUUAGAAAAUUGCUAUUUCUCACUUCUGUAUUUUUCUUGAAAAUAAUUUUGUUACAGUGUUCAAUGUGCUGUAUAACAACCGUCUAUUAUGAAAAGAAAUUUAAAGAAUUUUGUCCACUGAGGUGGA